ACCCUGCAGCACACUGAGCUUCUGUUUAAACAGUCUCUUCCCUGUCCACACUCGGGCACGAAGGGCCACGGUUGUCCUGCCGCAGCCAGGGGAGACACCUGCAGAGAUCGCUUUCUGGAAUUAACGUUGAUGGGCCGUGCAGACCCACCUGCGACGAGUCCCGAGUCCGAACCACGGGGUCACAGUAGCACCCACUUUUUAAAGGAAAAGAACAGAGCACACGUUUAAACAUUACAGACUAGAGAAAAGUAAGAGAGGUGAAGUCUAAAAAUGAAACCGCUUCUGACCUUCUGCAGGCUGUUUAGACGCUUAAACAGAUUUUCUGUAAAACCAAGCCCUCUUGUGAGCUUCUCCACUUCCUCUUAUUUGUGUGGCCAGAAGAAAAAAAACUCUUACGAAGCAGUAGACCAGGCAAAGUACUCUCGCUUAGUGCGCUCUGUCUUGUCCAGAGGCCUGGUCCAGACUCCAGAGUCAUUGUUCGAGGAAGAUGAUGUACUCUAUGGUCCUGUGAGUAAGUAUAAGGUUCCAGAGCAAGAGCCUCAGGCAAGAGUUCCACAGCACUGGUUUCCUAUCUUCAAUGAAGAGAGAAAUGUGAAACCACACAAGAAUGGUUCCUCGAGUCCUUUGAAGAUCCCACUGCAAAGAAACGUGAUACCCAGUGUGACCCGAAUCCUUCAGCAGACCAUGCCACCUGAACAGAGUUUCUUUUUGGAGAGGUGGAGACAGCGGAUGGUUCUGGAGCUGGGAGCAGAUGGAUUUGCAGAAUAUACUUCAAAUGUGUUUUUACAAGGCAAACAGUUCCAUGCAGCCCUGGAAAGCAUUCUUUCACCCCAGGAGAACUUAAAGGGGAGAGAAGAGCAUCCCCAGUGUGGCUACAUUGAAAGCAUCCAGCAUAUUCUCAAAGAAAUCAGUGGUGUGCAAGCUCUGGAGAGUGCUGUCCAGCAUGAGGCCUUGAAGUACGUAGGGCUACUGGAUUGUGUGGCUGAGUACCGAGGCAAGCUGUGUGUGAUCGAUUGGAAGACAUCAGAAAAACCAAAGCCUUUUAUUCGAAAUACAUAUGACAACCCACUACAAGUCGUGGCGUACAUGGGUGCUUUAAACCAUGAUGCCCACUACAGUUUUCAGGUUCAGUGUGGAUUAAUUGUGGUGGCCUAUAAGGAUGGGUCCCCUGCCCACCCUCACUUCAUGGAUGAAGAACUUUGUUCCAAGUAUUGGGCCAAGUGGCUUCUUCGACUUGAAGAAUAUACAGAAAAGCAAAAGAACCAGAGCAUUCCAAAGCCAGAGUAGACGCCAGGGUAUGACCUGGAAAGGCCGAGCAUGUCCCUCUGUUUGGGAGAUGCACUGCUGGCCACUGAGUUUCUAAAAGAGUGCCGAGAAUCUGAGGGCUACAUUAACACAAGCUGAAGGUGUAGUGGGUUGGGAUGUACCUACCCAGAAGCCAGAGAGUCUGGAGGUCAGCCCUUGACUCACCAGCAGCACGACCUCUGGCUAUUUCUCACCUGAGAGGAGGACACAGGGAUUGGCAGCUGCCUGGGAACUUCUGGACUCCCUUGCAAACCUUUGUGUCCAUGGCAGGAUGCCCAGUCUUUGAAUUGAGAUCAGAAGGCCAAAUGAAGCAUCGUGUACCACACAAGUCCCUAGGGUUCUCAGGGAUGGGAGGGGCCUUGCACCCCCAUAGGCGUCAGCACUGCCCAGUUUCCUAGAAGGUGUUUCAUACACUCUUGUGUCAUUAGGGCAAACUUCUUAAAUUCAGUCACAUUGACUAUUUGGCCUGAGGAAACCUGGCUGCCUAGAGAGCUGGGGCACUCACCAACCACAUCAUUGGCUGGCUCCUUUUCCUUACCAGAGAAGCCCCAGCAGUAGGAAGCCUGAGUGUGGAAGUCACCGUCACUGGGGUUUGGGCACCUCUUUCUGGUGUCAGCAGGCCAUGGACUACAAAAAAUACUGUUGUGGAACUUUUUAACUAAGAGGAAUAAUGAUGGAGUGUUUUUUCCGUGUUUGACAGGUGAUAAAAAUCAUUGGCUGUUCUUGAUUUUGGGAGAGGGUUUUCUAUUUUAUGAGUAAAUCUAGUGGCAUUUAAGUUACAGCUACUGACUUAUAAGUUAUACAAUCACAUUUAGUUUUCAUUAGUCAUAAAAAAUAAAAGAUAUUUAACUGAUUCAGCA